AUGGAAGACAGCUGUGGCCAGUGUCAUGAUGUAAGCGCUACACAUUUAUUUAUGUAUUUUGGAUUUCAUAUCCAGGAAGGAGGAACUUGUGAAGUUAUAGCUGCACAUAGAUGUUGCAACAAGAAUCGCAUUGAGGAAAGAUCACAAACUGUAAAGUGUUCCUGUUUACCAGGAAAAGUAGCAGGGACAACACGAAACAAGCCUUCUUGUGUUGAUGCUUCGAUAGUUAUUGGAAAAUGGUGGUGUGAGAUGGAACCAUGCCUUGAGGGAGAAGAGUGCAAGACAUUACCUGAUAACUCAGGGUGGAUGUGUGCAUCUGGUAACAGAAUAAAGACCACACGGAUUCAUCCCAGAACCUAACAGUGACUAUUCGUUAUGGUUUUUAUGGACUGUGGCAAAACGAGUCUCAGCUGAAUAAAAGGAAGAUUAAAAACAAUUCAAAUAUUUAUAAGCCAAAUGGAAUACCUAUUUGCACUUUGACUGUUUAAACUACCACUACAGUGGUAUGGGAACUUCAACUGCCAAUGAACUGAAGUCCAGCUGCAAGAACUGCUACUCUUUGUGAAGAAAGCAUCUAAAAAAUAUGGAAAAGACUGACCCUGUUUUGGGAAACUGCAAUGUUUUCAUAUUUUCUGGAUUUGACAAAUAGCACAUGGAUUCAACAGCUGUGCACUAUAACCUUUAGAACCAACAGUCUGAGAAAAUGACCAUAUUCCUCAGCCAAAUAACUAACCGAAAAACAAAAUUAGCACAUAUGAUGGAAUCCAUAAAUCUUGAGAUCCUUUAUAUGUCAUUUUUGAACAAAGUGGAAAUAUGUUAGCUAAAACCGUGUUGAUGAGCUUCUCCAUGUGUGCAAUAGUAGCAUGCAGAUUUGCUUUACUAAACAUAUGUCAUCACUCAUUUCAAUGGUCAGAGGCCUUUACAGCAACCUUACGAUUCAGUGCUAGUGUAAAAAUAAAUCAUUUAUUUCAAAGCUGAGUAGUAAUGAGAGACAUAAAGGCAGCAGUGUUUGCAAAACACAUGGACUGCUGUAGUUUAUCAGCUGUACUGUAAAUAGGUUCUCAAAGACUUCAAAAUGUCUAUCCUGUGAACAACUGACAAAAGUUAAUCAUUUAAAAAAAACAGCUUCAAGUUGACAAAGAUGCUGACUAGUUCCAUCAUUUAGUAACUGAUCAAAGGCUCAUAUUUCUGUACUUUUAAAAUAGAAUGAGUUGGAUCUUAUUACCAAACUAGUUCUAGAUUUUGAGUGAAUCUGUAAUAUCUAGUUAAAUUCCCAUCUGUAAGAGAAUGACCCAAGUCCAUUUUAUGCAACUUACAGGUAAGAUCUCUGUCCCUUUAAGGAGAUGAGUAGCUAAAUACAUACUUAGACAAAUCAUCUGAAAAAAUUAAUUCAUGUGAAGAAUAUCUGUCAUUAGGUAUUUAUUUUCUUCCUUGAUUUUUGACUUUUUUCAAGACUUAAAAAUUGUGAAAUAUCUAAACACCCUGUUUUAUAGACCAAUUUCUUCUCAAUAAAUUGUCUGUAAUAUUGCCUGCUGCUGAAGCUAAUUUUGAUUUACAUUCCCUUUCAUUUUUCUUAAAGAUUAUCAUUAAAUUUUAAUUUUAAUCCAUGCUGUGUGAGUGGAAUAGUAUAUAUAGUCUUUUAUAUGGAUGAUGUAUGGUCAUUAUGAAAACCACUUCAUUGGUAUGAGUAGAAAAGUGAAGCAGUUCAGUGAGUACUUUUUCAACUUUCUGUUUUCCAGACUUAGAAGUAGUUCAACCCAGACUUGUAGAAACAGUGGGCAGCAUGAUUCACAAUCUAAGACUUAAAUAUAUCUUCAAUAAGCCUAUGCUGCAGAAAGGUGGAUUUUAUGCCAAAGUAACCCAAAACGUUUAUGGUUUUAGCAGUUCUAGCACAUGUACAUGUUAUGGAUCCUUAAAGAUGUAGUCAGAGAAGCAAAACUUUAGAGUUAGUUUUCCAAGUUUAAGAAGAGGUUAUGACUUUCAGAUCAGCGAGAAUGGCAGUAAGGAUGCUGUUCUCAAUAUCCUUAUUCAGCAUACAUUGAUAUUAUAUCAGUCAAUAUAUCAUUGUUUUUAUACUUUCAGAUCUUUUGACUCCAUGUUUGUAUGCAGUUGCAGACACCUUGUUGUAAGUAAUAUCAAGAGUGAAGGAAAUAUCAGAAAAGUAGAUCAAAAAUAGGGGUUGGGAGAGUGACCCAAUGGUUAAGGUGUUUGCCUUACAAACACAAGGUGUAGAGUUUGAGUCUCACAAGGGAUAAUUGGCUAGGCUUAAAAUGGCUCGCAAGAGCAGUUAGCUUAGUACUAACCUAUGAACUUAUAAUAUUACUUACUCUUGGUAUAAUGAAUAAGUGUGCACUGAGUUACAACAAACCACUUCAGCAGAGAAUAAUGACUGUCAGGUAUUUUCAGUACCUUCUCAUUUUGGUCACUUACUGAAAGGGAAAGCUUUACUUUGGCUAUAACAUUACCAGUAAAAUAUAAACAUGUUUUCAAACACCAGUUAUAAGAGUAUCAAGGAAGUAAUGUUACUCUGAUGAAAAAUCUGUGAAAAGACAAUAAAAAUACAAGCCAUUUGUAAGUCUUAUGUUUUGUGGACAUUAUCCUGAUUUUGAAUUUUUUUUUUCAGAAAAUCUGCAUGCAAACAUCAGAUUUGUACAUCUUAACAUAGAAGUAUGGCAGAGCAUAGUGUUGCAUGUAUUCAAGUGAGUAUAACAACAUGAAGUUUCAGUUAUUUUCUACAAAAGUAUUUUAAAACCAAUAAUAUUCAGUGCCUUUCUGGGACAGAGGCUAAAACUAAAGUAAAGUUAAAGCUUAUUUAAGCUGUUGUUUCAGUUCUGUAACUGAUCUAUGAUUAUUUCUUAAUGUGAUAUUACUUGUUAAUAUUUCUUCCAAAACAGUUGUUGGGGUUCAUUGUAAAUUAUUGUUCCUAAGCAAUAUAGCAUUGACACUGUACAACACCUUUAAACUCUAAACAUUAUACCUAAGUUCUCUUAAAUGUUUAGGGUCUAGGGUUUGUAUUGCUAAUUUUUGUAACUUUAACGAUCAUUACAUUUUAAAUAAAAUUUAUUUCCGCUGUUA